CGGCUCUCCCUGUCCUCGUCCCCGUUCCCCGCGGCCGAGGAGGCCGCCGCGGUGCCGGGCGCGCUGCCCCUCCUGCCCUCCGGCCCCUCCUGCGCGUCCGUCCGUCCUGCGCCGCGCGGGCUCCCCCGACGCGGGACCGGCCCGGCCCGGAUAUGGCUCGUGGACAGCAGAAGAUUCAGUCUCAGCAGAAAAAUGCCAAAAAGCAAGCUGGACAAAAGAAGAAGCAAGGACACGACCAAAAGGCUGCUGCCAAAGCUGCCUUAAUCUACACUUGCACCGUCUGUAGGACACAAAUGCCAGACCCCAAGACCUUCAAGCAGCACUUUGAAAGCAAGCAUCCUAAGACUCCGCUUCCUCCAGAACUGGCUGAUGUUCAGGCAUAAAGGCGUUUACAGGUGAAUUCAUGACACCUUUGACUCUUCUACUGUCUCAGACCUUAGGUAACAAACCUGCAGCUGCUUUUCUAACAAACUGUUGAUCAGCAAAAAUAAAGGGGCUACAGAAACACUCAUUUUUAUGCUGUUCCCUUUUGGGCUUCAUGCAAAGACAAUUCUGUGUAAAUGUACAGUUGACUCUGAUUUGGAAAUCUGAAAAUCAGUCCAUCCUUGUUAUAAAAAUUUUUUUACAAUUGUAAUUAUAUUGAUGUUCAUAUUGUGUAAAAUAACUCAUUUAAUAAAGUAGUACUUUGAUUUUACAACA